AUGGUGGGCCCAAAUCACAUCUCGAAAGUCGCAGUGGUUGGCGCUGGAGGCAAUUGUGGCAAGCAUAUUGCAACAGCGUUAAUUGCUACAGGCAAACACACCGUGACGGCUGUGACUCGUGAAGAUAGCACAACAGAGCUGCCAGAUGGUCUUCACGCCGUCAAAACGAUUGACUACGAGAAUUUAUCGACCCUAGUUGCUGCAUUCGCGGACCAAGACGCUGUUGUCAAUACCCUGAGUGGUUAUGCAGCAUCUGAUGCGCAGGAGAAGCUCAUUGAAGCUGCCAUCGAAGCUGGUGUUCGAUAUAUACUGCCCAACGAAUGGUCUCCAGACACAGCUAAUGAAUCCUUGGUCAACGACGUGUUCCCCUUUGCAAGCAAGCCGAAAGCACGCCAACAAAUUAUCUCCAAAGGCGGCGAUAAGACUCAAUACAUCGCAAUGACGACUGGCUUCUGGUAUGAAUGGUCGUUGGCCAUUGCUCCAGCAUACGGCUUUGACUUUGCGAACAGAUCAGUAACAUUUUUCGACGAUGGUGAAACAGUCAUCAAUACGUCGACAUGGCCGCAGAUUGGACGAGCUGUGGCGGCGCUCUUGAGCCUCCCAAUCUUGCCAGCCAAGGGGUACGACAGAUGCCUGUCCGAUCUCGGCAACCAACAAGUGUACAUCUCUUCUUUUGUCGUUAGUCAGAAGGAUAUUUUCGAGUCUGUGUUGCGAGUGACACAGACCGUAAAAGGGGACUGGAGCACAACUUACGAGCAAAGCAAGCAACGAUACGCCAAUGGUCUUGAAGAGAUCAAGCAGGGAAAGAAGGUUGGAUUUGCGAAGAUGAUGUAUACUCGAGUCUUUUAUCAGGAUGGCUCCGGCAACUAUGGCAAAUCCAGGGGCACGUUGAAUACGUUGCUCGGUUUACCUCAUGAGAGCUUAGAUGAGUUUACUGCUCUGGCGAUUGAGAGGUCAAAAGGACCACAGUGGGCACAUUGA